GUUUCCGAGACUGUUGAGCCUGUGGGGCCUAUAGUCAUCGAACCCUCAACAUGCACGAGCGGUUCUCGUUUUGCAUGCAACAACACCACACGUACCCACCGACUUUUUCAAAGCCUUACUUUUGCACGUGUGGAGAGAGUGUGUACUAAAUUUUCGUAUCAUGUUAACCGAAAUUUUCGUUUUAAGUAGAAAAUAAGAUAUUGAUGAGAAAAAAGUGAGCAUAAGUUCUUUCUAAUGUAUAAUUUACAAGAAAAAAUUUUAGCAAGCAGCUCCUAAAGAUAUUGAUGAGAAAAAUUUCAUACUGCAAACGAAUUUUCAAAACCCCCAACGACUAGAAGUAUAGUACUUAAAAUGACAAAUCGUACGUAAAUUAUGAGGUCGUCCAUAAAGAUUAUAGAAAAUAUAACAUUUGAUUAAGUGUAAUAUGUGAUAAAAAAUUUCCUCUACACCUUUUGGUAUGUGAAUAAACCCGCUAUUAAUUUUCUUUUGUCUCAAGUGCUUUAAGAAUAACAACUUAACGUCCAUUGUUAUACCAAAAAAACUUAACGUUUUAUUGUUAAAGUAUUCUUAUCUAUUUUUUUUUCGAACAACAAAGUAUUCUUAUCUAUAUGAUGUAAAAAAUAGUAUAUUAUUAACUUGUAAAUAAAUGUCACACAAAUUUCAAUAAAAAAUAGAGAAUCUAUCUUUCCUCUUCCACCAUAUAAACAGUGGAAAGCCAUUCAAUUGCUCUCACUCUUUCUCUCAUUCUUGGUUUCUUUUCCUUUAAUCCCUAGCCCCAGAAAGAAAGAGAAAAAAUGGAUCCAAAACUCAUUGAGAAAGUUCUAACAGGUAACAAAACCAUCAAGCUCUCAAGAAGAUUUGAAGAAGCAAACAACUUCGGAUCUCCACCAAACUCGCACACUAACCUCUCUCUCGCUAGAAACCAUCUCCACAACAAAUCCUACUCAGUCUUGGAGAGGGGUGAAAACGAAAAUAGUUUAAAAAGGAGGGGCAAUAAUGGAAUGAACAAAAAAUUAUGCUCAAGAGGACACUGGAGACCAACAGAAGAUGCUAAACUCAAGGAGCUUGUUGCUCAGUUUGGUCCACAAAACUGGAAUUUGAUUGCUCACCACCUUCUUGGUAGAUCAGGCAAGAGUUGUAGACUGAGAUGGUGUAACCAAUUAGACCCAAGGAUUAACAAGAAAGCCUUCACCGAGGAAGAGGAGUCUAGGCUUUUAACUGCUCAUCGAGCCUAUGGCAACAAGUGGUCUUUGAUCUCACGUUUCUUCCCGGGUCGGACCGAUAACGCCGUCAAGAACCAUUGGCAUGUCGUCAUGGCUCGACGGACUAGAGCAAGUGAACGACAACAGGCUCUUCAUGCACCGUCAGGAAACGCAGAAAUGACGGUCUUGUCUGUGUACCGCUAUAAUCGUGGUGGGUUCUUCGGUAGGGUUGCGGAGGGUACUUUGGUCAACGAAGCAGAUGACGACGAUGGUUCAGCUGUCUCUACUUGUACGACCGAGCUCUCUCUCACUCCGCCUUCUUCAACUCACCAGCCACGCUUCUUGCACGACGAUAAUACCCUUGCAUCAGGUAAAGAUGGUCAGUGUGUGCAGAGAGCAGAAGUAAAUGGCAUAUAUAGUAAAAAGAUGGACCAUCAAAAUCACCACACAACCACAGUCAGUGAAAGGGAGGUGGAGAUGAAGACGAAGAGUGGCUUUUACUUCUUUGAUUUUCUUGGAGUUGGAGCUUCUUAAUUAAUUAUAUGAAGAAUUAGGGUUCAUGUUAAGGGAACUAAUUGUGCGAUAAAGAAAAUGGUUUAGUUUCUUCUGUUUCACCGGGUUAUUUCUAGCCAUGUUUGUUUAAAUUUGAAUUUGAGCUUUCGAAGAAGUUAGCUAGGGUAAGAGGGAGGGGGAAAUCAAAAGCUCUGCUGCUUUACUAAUUAAGUACUAUCAUUAACCCAUUACAAA